AUGAGCGCGGACUUAGCUUCUCCCCAGAGCAUACCUGAAGCUCGCGAUUCCAGAGAAUCUUCACCAAUAUCUACAAUUUUUGAAGCAGAAGAAAGUUACACAUCCUUGCAAAUACCCUCUGCCGAGCUGCUCUACUCAGAGACCGUUUCGCCUCUUUCUCCCUCCGUGGAUCUUCUUGUUCAGGAGAGCCCUGAUUCUUCCACAAGUCCCAAAGCAAAAGCACUCCCUUCUAUGGAAAAGAAUGCAGUGAAGGAAGGGAAGGGCGAGAGCAGGAGGCAGAAAGUCAGGACGGUCUUCUCUCAGGCCCAGCUAUUCAUCCUCAAAGACACAUUCCAUAAGCAGAAGUACCUCAGCCUCCAGCAGAUGCAAGAACUUUCUGAAGUCUUGAACCUUAGCUACAAACAGGUUAAGACCUGGUUCCAGAACCAGAGAAUGAAAUGUAAGAGGUGGCAGAAAAAUAGCAACUUGUUAAAGGAUAGCAACGGUGGGACUCCGAUGGUCUCUGCACCUACUGAAUACCUGGACCUCCAUUCCUCCUAUCACCAGGGAUACCUUCCUUCUGGAAACCUUCCAGCAUGGACCAACAAGACCUGGAACAGCCAGCCUUGGAGCAACCAGACCUGGAAUGGCCACACUUGGGGUAACAACACCUGGAACAGCCAGGCUUGGUGCAGCCAAUCCUGGAACAACCAGGCCUGGAAUAAUCCGCUUCAGAACUCUGGAGAGGAAUUUCUGCUGCCCCAGGUCCAAUUCCAACAAAAUACUGCCAAUGAUCUGGAGACCUCACAAACCAUUGAUUCAUUCCUAAAUUUCUCCAUGAACACAAAAUCUGAAGAAAAAGUUUGCAAGAUAAAAGAUCAGCGAGGCGGCCGAGCGGCAGACGCAAAUAUGCAGAUCUUUGUGGAGACCCUGACUGGCAAGACCAUCACUCUUGAGGUCGAGCCCAGUGACACCAUCAAGAAUGUCAAAGCCAAAAUCCAAGACAAGGAGGGCAUCCCUCCUGACCAGCAGCGUUUGAUAUUUGCUGGAAAACAACUAGAGGAUGGCCGUACACCCUCAGACUACAACAUGCAGAAAUAG